AUGCAUCCUGACCCUACAACCCGUCAGUUGAUUGUUGAGUCCGUGGUGUUCUGGGCGAUUAGCUUCUUUCUUUUCAUCGGGCGAAUAUGGUCGCGAGCAAUUGCGAAAAAGUCCAUAUUAAACCUCCAGCCGGAUGACUAUGUGAUGAUCGUGACCUUUGGCUGCUAUACCACGCUCCUUAUCCUCAUACAGCUAUCUGGUCACUUUGGCACCAACGAAUAUGACCCCGCCAUGCGCGCAGAGAUACUCGCGAACGCUCACGAUGUUGCCAGCCGGAUCCGUGGAAGCAAAAUUGUGGUUGGGUCUAACCAAUGCUAUCUGGUUACAUUAUGGGGCGUGAAGGCAUGUUUGUGUACGCUAUAUUACCAGAUGAGCCGCCGCACCUUCCAAAACUUCUUCGUCAAAAUCGUCAUCGGCUACGUCGUCGUCGGCUUCAUCGCCACCGAAAUCCCCCUCUUCAUCCUCUGCCGGCCCUUCUCGCAGUACUGGUCCAUCUUCCCCUACAGCACGCAAUGCACCACCUACCACACGUACUGCAUCAUCCAGACCGUCUUCAACAUCUCCUCGGACGCGCUCAUGCUGGCCAUCCCGAUCCCCAUGAUCCUGAAAGCCAGCGUCAAGCCCGCGAAGAAGGCCGCGCUGCUCGGCGUCUUCAGCAUGGGCGUGUUCGUCAUCUUGGCCGCGUUUCUGAACAAGUACUAUAACUUCACGCUGCCGGGCACCACGGUGUACAUGGUGUGGCAUAUCCGGGAGGCGAGUGUGAGCGUCAUGGUCGCGAAUCUGAUGUGCUGGUGGCCGCUGCUGAGGAAGAUCUUCGGGUGGAAGGCGUUUGUGUCGGUUAAGAAGAGCAUGCAGAAUAGGUCGGGGACGGGGGAGAGGGAGAGGAGGAGGUGGUAUGGCACGGGGAAGUCGGAGCAUGAGGCGGCUGUGGAUCUGGAGGAUAUGGAGCGCACGGGGUCGCGGGAUGCGAUUGUGCACGGCUUUAAGGGGCUGAACUCGGUUGAGAUAGAAGGCGUUUCGGUGGAUGAUGAGAGCGAGGCGUCGGUGGGGGGGAAGGGCGGGAAGCUGGAUCAGAAGAUUGUGGUCACGACGGAGAUUAAGACGAAUAUGUUUUAG